AUGGCUUCAUCAGACUUCUCAUCAGCUGCACCAUCAAUUUUCAAUGGAGAGGGCUAUCACAUAUGGGUGGUCAAAAUAAAGACCUAUCUGCAGGCAUUCGACCUAUGGGAGGCCUGGGGCAGAUUGAAAGAGGAGUUUCAAGGGACAGAGAGGACAAGGCAGCAACAACUACUGAAUUUGAGAAGAGAUUUUGAGAACUUGAAGAUGAAAGAGGAAGAAACUGUUAAGCAGUAUUCAGAUAGGAUUAUGGCUGUGGUAAACAGCAUAAGACUCCUUGGAGAGCAGUUUAGUGAAGCAAGAAUAGUGGAGAAGCAAAGAAGAGCUAGCAGACUCGAGGAGUACCAAGAAGGUGACUUUCAAGCCAAAACCAAACCUGCUUCGAGCAUCUCUGCCUAUAAAGGCAAAAGGACUUGGAGAGGCAAGCCUAAGUUAGAUGCUGCAAGAAGAAGGGAUCAACCCUGCAGGCAUUGCAAAAGGCCUGGUCAUCCAGAAGCCAAUUGCUGGUUUAGACCAAAUGUGCAGUGCCAAUACUGCAAAAAGAUGGGCCAUGUUGAAAAGCCAAAGGCUGGAGCUCGAGUAGCAAAAGAAGGCGGUGACCAUGAGGAGCACGUGUUUGCAGUUUCAUGCCCAGCUACUAAAGAAAAGGCCACAAAGGGAUGGCUCAUAGACAGUGGUUGCACGAACCAUAUGACACCUGAUGUUGGCAUCUUCAAGUCAAAAGACAGAAGCUUUAAAACUAAAUUGAAGGUAGGAAAUGGCUACUUCAUCAAGGUAGAAGGAAAGGGAGAUGUGCUAAUAAGCAUUCCCACAGGUAACAAGCUAGUUUCAAAUGUAUUAUUGGUGCCUGAGAUUGAUAGAAACUUGCUCAGCAUAGCUCAGUUGCUCAACAAUAUAAAGCGAGUGGUGCUUUUAGGCAAUUGA